GUCGUGCUCCCAAGGUUCCGUCCUGUACUACUGCAAAGUGACGAUGCUGUACGCUUCAUCCCUGAAGAACAUGCGGUUAACGACUAUGCGAUGUGCAAGGACAUGGUAUGAUGAGUCGACCCGUUAACAGAGCCUCACUUUUUGGCUUCUCUUUUCAACACUGGAGAGCUCUUAAACACAGCAUGAACAUCUCAACCUGGCCACCUCUUCUCCCCAACACCUCUCUUACCUUCUCCAACUACAGUGAGGAGUCUAGCCAGACAAAACCCAGCAUGUCUGGAACCUGUGAGCAGGUCCACAUUGCCCCGGAGGUUUUUCUUACGCUGGGCCUGGUAAGUCUGCUGGAGAACAUCCUUGUCAUCCUCGCCAUUGUGAAGAACAAGAACCUGCACUCGCCCAUGUACUUCUUCAUCUGCAGCCUAGCUGUGGCCGACAUGAUGGUGAGCGUCUCCAACGCAUGGGAGACUAUAGUGAUCCAUCUCCUGGCGAACCAGAGGCUGGUGGUGGCUGAGCACUUCAUCCGCCAGAUGGACAACGUCUUUGACUCUCUCAUCUGCAUUUCCGUGGUGGCCUCUAUGUGCAGCCUGCUGACAAUCGCUGUGGAUCGUUACGUGACUAUAUUCUAUGCGCUCCGCUACCACAACAUCAUGACCGUGAGGCGGGCGGGCCUGAUCAUCGGCAGCAUCUGGAGCUUCUGCACUGGCUGUGGCAUCGUCUUCAUCGUGUACUCCGACAGCACGCCGGUUGUGGUCUGCUUGGUGGCCAUGUUCUUCAUCAUGCUGCUGUUGAUGGCCUCACUCUACAGCCACAUGUUCCUGCUGGCGCGCUCCCAUGUCCGCCGCAUGGCCAUGGCGCCCGGCUGCGACGCCUCCACCCAGCAGUGCACCACAAUGAGGGGCGCCAUCACCCUCACGAUCCUGCUGGGGAUCUUCAUCGUGUGCUGGGCACCCUUCUUCCUCCACCUCAUCGUCAUGAUCUCAUGCCCGAGGAACCUGUACUGCAUCUGCUUCAUGUCCCACUUCAACAUGUACCUGGUCCUGAUCAUGUGCAACUCUGUGAUCGAUCCCCUGAUCUACGCACUAAGGAGUCAGGAGAUGAGGAAGACCUUUAAGGAGAUCAUCUGCUGCACCACCCUGCCGCGUUUCUGUUUCUUCCCCAGUAAAUACUGAAUAACAAUCAAGGUGAUUACUUCCUACCUGAAUACAUCUUUGCAACAGGUAACACUACUUGUACAUCGCAGUACAGCUCAGAUUAUAUACCAAAACAAUGAUUUGAUAUGCAUGUAAACAUAGUGAGAGAUAUUUAUUUUAUAAAUAAAAUAAAAUGUUUAUCUUAUUAGGCCAAGAGGGCCUACAUCUGAACUUAUGUACACUUAUGUACUCAGUUGGAUAAAUUCAUGUUAAAUACAUGUAAAUUGCAUGCAUCAAGAAAUUAUACCAUUAGAACUUUAAAAGAUAAUUAAACCAGGCCGAGAUGCUGAGGGAAUGACUACACAUUUGUCACUGGAUGGAUUGUGUGAACUAAAGAGUUAAUCCAUCAUAAUACAGCGCUGCAGCAGGCCAUAUCAGUACACUAAAUGACCACUAAAUGUGUUACGGAAUGCCCCGCCCCCCACAAGUCACAUGGUACGGACCGCCGCGUUCAUAUUUGCACCGUUUUGUAAA